UUCUAGCAGAACAUCAUGGUACUCAUCUGGACCCAGUUCGGUAUGAAGCACAAAAAUGUCAAUGUCAAGUGCAAAGUGCGAGUUAUGCACCGGGGAGACAGCUCAGGCUCAUCAUCAUCAGCGGAAGGCACCAGGUCUGAGCAGGACACACCCUGCCUGUCCAUCAAACCCACAGGCAAGGACUUCUACAAAAUCCUGGGUGUCUCCACUGAAUCCAACGAAGACGAGAUCAAGAAGGCGUACAGGAAGAUGGCACUCAAGUUCCACCCAGACAAGAACAGCGAUGCUGAUGCAGAGGACAGGUUCAAAGAGAUUGCAGAGGCCUAUGAGAUCCUGACUGACCCCAAAAAGAGGAGCAUAUACGACCAGUUUGGAGAAGAAGGCCUUAAGAAUGGAAUGUCUAUGACAGGCCAAGGCACUGUUUUCCGCAAUAAUUUCCCCAGCGACCCCCACGCCACCUUCUCCUCCUUCUUCCAUGGAUCCGACCACUUCGACAUCUUCUUUGGCAGCGACUUAGACGGUGAAGAUGACCUCUUCAACCCUUUCAGACGGUUCACCUUCAGCCACGUGGGUGGGUUUGCCGGCUACGAUGGCGGGCUACGAAGAGGCCAGCGGCGCCUGCAGGGCGAGGAGGUUGUGCACGAUCUGCUGGUGACCCUAGAGGACGUGAUGCACGGCUGCACAAAGCAAGUGAAGAUCACCCGCAGCCGGCUCAACCCCGACGGCCGCAGCCUGCGAUCUGAAGACAAGGUGCUAAACGUGGUGGUGAAGAAGGGCUGGAAAGCGGGGACCAAGAUCACCUUCCCCAGGGAGGGAGAUGAGACACCCAACAACACCCCUGCAGACAUCACCUUCAUUCUCAGGGACAAGGAGCACCCUCAAUACAAGAGAGAAGGCUCCAACAUCGUCUACACGGCCAAGAUCACCCUCAAAGAGGCUCUCUGUGGCUGCACAGUUAACGUCCCAACACUUGACAGCCGGAUGAUGCCUCUACCAUGCAGCGAUGUUAUUAAACCUGGUGCUGUUCGGCGGCUCAGGGGCGAAGGUCUGCCCCUGCCCAAGAGCCCUUCCCAGCGAGGCGACUUGGUGGUGGAGUUCCAGGUGCUCUUCCCCGACAGGAUCCCACCACAGUCCCGCGAGAUCAUCAAGCACAGCCUGGCCCAGUGCUAG